CUGGCGGUGCGUCUCCUCAGUCACCAUGAAAGACGACUUUGCAGAGGAGGAGGAGGUGCAUUCCUUCGGUUACAAGCGGUUCGGUAUUCAGGAAGGAACACAAUGUACCAAAUGUAAAAAUAACUGGGCACUGAAGUUUUCUAUCAUACUGUUGUACAUUUUGUGUGCCUUGCUCACAAUCACAGUAGCCAUUCUGGGAUACAAAGUUGUAGAGAAAAUGGACAAUGUUACAGGCGGCAUGGAGACAUCUCGCCAAACCUAUGAUGACAAGCUCACAGCAGUGGAGAGCGACCUGAAAAAAUUAGGGGACCAGACUGGGAAGAAAGCUCUAAGCACCAACUCAGAACUCUCCACCUUCAGAUCGGACAUUCUAGAUCUUCGUCAGCAGCUUCGCGAGAUUACAGAGAAGACCAGCAAGAACAAAGAUACGCUGGAGAAGCUGCAGGCAAGCGGGGAUGCACUGGUGGACCGGCAGAGUCAACUGAAAGAAACUUUGGAGAAUAACUCUUUCCUCAUCACCACUGUAAACAAAACCCUCCAGGCGUAUAACGGCUACGUCACGGACCUGCAGCAAGACACGAGCGCACUGCAGGGCAGCCUGCAGACCCAGAUGUAUUCUCACAGCGUGGUCGUCAUGAACCUCAACAACCUGAACCUGACCCAGGUACAGCAGAGGGACCUCAUCACGAACCUGCAGCGCUCCGUGGACGACACGAGCCAGGCGAUCCAGCGAAUCAAGAACGACUUCCAAAACCUGCAGCAGGUUUUCUUUCAAGCCAAGAAGGACACGGAUUGGCUGAAGGAGAAAGUGCAGAGCUUGCAGACGCUGGCUGCCAAUAACUCUGCCUUGGCCAAAGCCAACAACGACACCCUGGAGGAUAUGAAUGGCCAGCUCAGCUCAUUCGCAGGGCAGAUGGACAACAUCACCACGGCCUCCCAAGCCAAUGAGCAGAACCUGAAAGACCUGCAGGAGGUACACAGGGAUGCGGAGAACAGAACGGCUGUCAAGUUCAGCCAGCUGGAGGAGCGAUUCCAGGUCUUCGAGUCGGAUAUUGUGAACAUCAUCAGCAACAUUAGCUACACGGCCCACCACCUGCGGACGCUGACCAGCAACCUGAAUGAAGUCAGGACCACGUGCACAGAUACUCUGACCAAACACACGGAUGAUCUGACUUCCUUGAAUAACACGCUGGCCAACAUCCGUUUGGAUUCUGUUUCUCUCAGGAUGCAGCAAGAUAUGAUGAGGUCAAGGUUAGACACUGAAGUGGCCAACUUGUCAGUGAUUAUGGAAGAAAUGAAGCUGGUAGAUUCCAAGCACGGUCAGCUCAUCAAGAAUUUUACGAUACUACAAGGUAAGUGAGAAUUCUGAAUUUAC